UUGGCUAUCGAAUCUUAGAUUUCCAUAUGUUACGGAGGUGGCAAUUGUUUCCAUUAAAUUUUUAUGUGUGGGCUUUGAAACGGAUUUGGUUUAUUCGAUGUGUAAGGUGGAAAUCUCCUUUACGCUUACGUUCUGGAUUGACUCCGACAAAUUCCUCUAAUGCAUACACAUUUAUUUGGUUUGAUUGAUGGGUAAAAAGUAGGUUCCUUCUGUUACUAUAGAGAAAUGCGGGUUGACUACUAAUCAGGCUUUCUUUUAUGGCGCUGGUGACACCUUGAAUCUUCUCAUCGUGGUCAUUUCUAAAUUCUCAAAGUAUUGUUAUCAAUUCCAUCAUUGAUGAUCUUCAGCCUGGAUUUGUGGAGCUUCUUGUUCUUCCUUUUUGGGUGGGCAAAGAAUCAGUUCCUUGCUGGAAGACCACAAGAAACUAGAAAAAUUUCAAAACUUGCUUCACAACUUGCAAAACGUGAUGAGACACUUGAAAUGCUAGAGAAAAAGGAGAAAGUCCUAUUGAAGAAGGCUGCUACUGAGGUUGAAAAGGCAAAGGAAUUCACUAGAGCGAAGAAUAAAAGGGCGGCAAUACAAUGCUUGAAAAGGAAAAGGUUAUAUGAACAGCAGAUUGAGCAGCUGGGUAAUUUCCAAUUGCGCAUCCAUGAUCAGAUGAUAAUGCUAGAAGGUGCAAAAGCGACAACUGAAACUGUGGAUGCAUUGCGAACUGGUGCAGCUGCAAUGAAAGCUAUGCAGAAAGCAACGAAUAUUGAUGAUGUGGACAAGACAAUGGAUGAGAUAAACGAGCAGACUGAGAACAUGAAGCAGAUUCAGGAAGCACUAUCUGCUCCAAUUGGUGCAGCAGCCGACUUUGAUGAGGAUGAACUUGAAGCAGAGCUUGAAGAAUUGGAGGGAGCUGAGUUGGAAGAACAGCUUCUUCAGCCUGCAACAACUUUACCUGCAGCUCCAAUGCAAGUCCCAACCAGCAGGAUAUCAGCUCUCCCAGCUGCUCAGAAGAACACACCCGAGGAUGACGAGCUUGCUGCAUUGCAAGCGGAGAUGGCACUUUGAACAUGUAUCAACUCAUGGAGAGUGCACAAAGAUUAUGUAAAGAUUGGCUGUACUCUGGUUACAUGUUGCCUGGGCUUCCAUUCUUACACUGCAGUCGUCAGUUUGAAUCCUCUGAUAAGACGACAUUGUAUAGGAGGCGUAAAGUAAAUGUCUUAACUCUCUAAAUCUGUAUUGUACUUCACUGAGCUUGAAGAAGUUAGCCAAUUUACCAAUUGAUUUGCAUUACUUUCUGAGUUCAUUUAUUUUGUGGCUCUCUUUCAUAAGCAAAGAUGAAUCAUUUGAGAGAUAUGUUAUGGAUUACAAAUUAAGGAUACUUGAAUUGUAUAUGUUGUUUUGCGCUGCCAAGCAAUGUAAAGUGCUGUAACGUUGUGUGUG